GACUCAUUUCCAGGACGGAGCUUUAUAAGAGCUGCAAGCUUCACAAUGUGGACAGAAUUCACCAACAGAGCUGAACACCUACAGCAUCGAGCAUCAACAAUACUUUUACUUUUGUUAUUUUCAUUAGUAAAUCUUCUCGUUGGCAGAAUGAACUGCAAAAUCUUUUCAGUCUUUGUUAUUGUUGCUGUGGCAUGUCUGACCAUUACUGAAGCAAUGAGUCUUAGAGGUCUGGGUGUAGAUCUACGCUGUCGCUGCAUUAAAACAGAGAGUCGACGCAUUGGUAAACACAUAGAGAGUGUGGAGCUCUACCCUCCUAGCCCUCACUGUAAAGAUACAGAGAUCAUUGCCACCCUGAAGGAAACCAAGCAGGAGAUCUGUCUGGACCCUACUGCUCCCUGGGUUAAGAAGGUCAUUGAGAAGAUCCUUGCCAACAAAGCACCAUGAAUAUCUGGACCAUCUGUGAUGUUGAGCCUGAGGAUAUGCACAAUAUUUUAACCUGCACCAUUCUGCUUGGUUAUGUUUAAAACCGUUUGUUCAAUGUUUUUGUUUAUAUAAGUGCUGUGCUAUAUAUAUAUAUAUGUAUUUAUGUAUUUAUUUAUUAUAUAUUUUUCAAUAAAACAAUUUUAUACUAAA